UAUAAGACCCAGGGCCCUCGAAAAGCAGCCUGCAAUCUCCCCUCAAUUUCUAAUUCUUUACAAUUGAAUAGCUAUCCUUGAGAAUCCACCACCGCAGCAAGGAGCCAUAGAGAGAUCCCAGGGAGGACUACAACUAAACCCGCAUCAGCAACGCACCCUCCCUCAUAAGGAAUGACCCUCACACCAGUCCGCAUCCGAGGCAAGAAACGGAAACCAGCCCCCCGCAACCUCUCUAGCAUUCAGCCCCUCCUAAAGCAUUUUCAUCCCUCCAGCUUGAAAUCCAAACCCCCCAAACCAAAACCAACCGCCGUACCAGUCAUGCCAACCCUCCAAUCCCUCCCCCAAGAACUCCUAGAAAUAAUAUUCCUUUACUCCAUGAACAUCUCACUUCCGCGCGCCUCCCCCUCCCUGGGCCGCCUCCUCUCCUCAAAAUCCAUCUGCAUGGAAUACUGCAUGCGUAGUUUCUUCCACACCGUCGACCACAAAGCCAACAUCCGGCACCGUCGCAUAACCAGCGAUCCAGUCGGCCAAUCUGACCUCCUUUCCUGCCGCUUCUUCACCUGGCCUUUUUUCUACACCUACGUAGAAAAAGCCCACGACGCUCUCAUCAAACAGCGCGGCAGAGCAUGGGCAAAAACCGGCGUCACAGUCCCAGACGCUACGUAUUUCGACCGCCUAUGGCCAUCCCGAUUCACGCAGAUCACGUAUCUUGGAUUCGCGGAGGGGUUUCACAUCCCCGAGAAACUGCUUCAUGGCCCUUGGAGCACGCCCUCGGACCAGGACUCUGACUCUGAGAAAGCGAAACUACUCUACGUUCUAGUUUCUCUAAACGGGGAAAUAGAUUGGUCAGCAUCGCUUGCCGGGGAGACAGCGAAAGACGGGAUGAAAGACGCUAUUAGGGAGGGGAACGAGCAUGCAGUCGCCGCGUUGGCGGUGCUGCUGGGUAUUGCGCAGGAGAUUACUACGGAAUUGCUUAGGUAUGCGGUUGUGGAUUGUGGAUGUAAUUUUGACGUCAUACGCCACCUCUUGUUUAAUUCGCAGAUUUUGUAUGCGGAGACUUCUCGAGACAUCCUAAAUUUCCACGAUCCGGCGCUUUGGCAGUGGGCAGAUUCUCAGGGGGGUGAAUUUGGGAAGGGGGUGAUGCUGAAAAGUUUGUUGAAGAGGGCGGAAACUUUUUCGUUGCAGUUUUAUAUGGAUGAGGAGACAGAUUGGAUGAGUAUUGUUCCGUUUCCGUAUGGUGGAUCAAAGUUUGAUGCGAGAACUGCAUUUGAACCUAUUACGAGGGAGCUUCUUGUUAAGCUGUAUCGGAAUCAUGGUAGGAGGAUCACGGGAGGUGCACGGAGACGACGUGUAUCGGCUGACGAGGGCGAGGAAUGAGAGCUUCACGCGCAAGGCAACCGACAAUUUUAACAAUGAGUCUGCAUUUGGAUAUAGUAAAUUUGAC